UAUAUAGAUAGAGAUGAAGAGAGAAGAAUAAUAGUAUAGUUUUCAUUUGGUCUGGGUUUUCCUUGAAAAUGGAAUGGAGCUGGUUGGUUGCCUCUCUGAGUGUUUUGGCGGUGGGUUUCCUCUUCGUCCACGCCGACCAACUUCCACAAGGUUUCAUUAGCAUCGACUGUGGUGCAGUUGUUGACUCGGUAGACCUAAACAACGAGAUCCCAUAUAAAUCAGACAAGAAUCUGAUAAAUUCAGGAGUGAGUGCUCAGAUUUCCCCAGAAUUUGCCGAUUAUAGCCUGCAGUAUAGAAACCUAAGGAGCUUUCCGGAGGGAGUAAAGAACUGCUACACUCUCCGGCCAGAAACCGGCAAAAACAACAAUUAUCUCAUCAGAGCCUUCUUCAUCUAUGGCAAUUACGACGGCAAAAACUCCACCCCUGUAUUUCGCAUCUAUCUUGGCGUUAAUUUGUGGGAUACCAUCACCGCCGAUGACUUCACAAUCGAGGCAAUUUACAUGGCUCCCACAGACUAUAUUGACGUAUGCCUUGUCAAUAUAGGAAGUGGAGUCCCUUAUAUUUCUGCCUUGGAAUUACGGCCCUUGCCCAACUCUGUUUAUCGCACUGAUCCCCAACAAUUCAUGGCGAGGUGGACUCGACGCGAUGUCGGCGGAGAAGAUAAAUUUAGAUAUCCACAGGAUAUUGAUGAUCGAAUCUGGAGACCUUAUUCUGACUCGUCGUUGAACAAGAUACAAACGGACGCGGACAUCACACACACCAGUAAUGAUCCGUACAAAUUACCAGAAUUAAUGUUGAAAACUGCCCAUGGAACCCUAAAUUCCAGCAUUCCUUUCGUCUACGAAUGGACCCCUGAAGAGGCCAGCUCUCUAUUCUAUUUCUGCUUUCAUUUCGCUGAGAUCGAGAAGUUGGCUUCUUCGGUAAGAGAAAUGAGUAUUGUGUUGAAUGACAUCCACACCAUUGCACAAUCUGUAAUUCUCCAGUAUCUCAUACCACAAACCAUAUGCUCAACUUCUGCUGGUCUCCCUGUUAAUCUCAAUCAGCAAAAUUAUUUACGCAUUUCUGCAGCCUCCGGUUCGGAUCUUCCUCCCAUUGUCAAUGGGUUUGAGAUUUUUUAUAUCAGAAACCUCUCUCUUUCACCUACAUUCUUACACGACGUUAAUGCUGUAAUGGAUAUAAAGGAGACGUUCAAGUUAUUGAAUAGUGAGUGGCAGGGGGAUCCAUGUUUGCCUGAAUUUUCUGUAUGGAAUGGUUUAAACUGCAGCGAUAGUAAUCCCCCUAGGAUAAUUUCACUGAACUUGAGUAGGAGCAAGUUAACAGGAGAGAUCCCAUUUUCCAUCUCCGAUCUCACUCAAUUGGAGACUCUGGAUUUAUCAUACAAUGACUUAAGUGGACCACUUCCAGAAUUUCUAGCGCAACUGCCUCUUUUAAAAAUCCUCAAUUUAACUGGUAAUAAUCUUGGUGGCACGGUUCCGGAAGCACUUCUUGUGAAAUCUAGAGAUGGAGUUUUGAAUUUGAGAGUGGCUGAUAAUCCAGAACUCUGUUUGUCACCUCCUUGCAAGAAAAAGAAAAAGAAAGUUUCUAUUCUUCCUGUUAUCAUUGCUGUAGUAGGAACCGUCAUCCUAAUUAUAGCCUGCUUGGUCUUACUUUUAAUCUAUAAGAGAAGCAAGAAAAAGAAAUCGAUGAAGUCGAUGGAAGAGAAAAUUUCACUGAAGCAAAAACAUCGAGAGUACAGUUACUCUGAAGUUGUGAGUCUCACAAAUAAUUUCAAAGACAUCAUUGGAGAAGGAGGAUUUGGAAAAGUAUAUAAAGGUGCUUUGAAAGAUAAAACUUUGGUUGCUGUAAAGCUGCUCUCAUCAACAUCAAAGCAGGGUUAUAAGGAAUUUCAAACUGAGGCACAACUCUUAAUGAUCGUUCAUCACCGAAACUUGGUUUCUCUUGUUGGAUAUUGCGACGAGGGUAACACCAAGGCACUCAUUUAUGAAUACAUGGUCAAUGGAAAUUUGCGGGAACGUUUAUCUGAGACAAGUACAAAUGCUCUGAGUUGGAAUGAAAGACUUCAAAUUGCAGUGGAUGCAGCACAUGGGCUUGAUUAUCUACACAAUGGUUGCAAGCCAACAAUAGUCCACAGAGAUUUAAAACCUGCCAACAUACUAUUAGAUGAUAUGAUGCAAGCCAAAAUAUCUGAUUUUGGAUUGUCUAGAACUUUUCAAGUUGAAAAUCAAUCUGAAAUAUUAACACAAUUAGCUGGAACGCCAGGGUACUUUGAUCCCGAAAGCCAAACACUUGGACAUUUGAAUAAGAAAAGUGACGUUUAUAGCUUUGGGAUAAUCAUAUUUGAGUUGAUCACUGGAUCCCCUGCAAUAACAAGAAGCCACAAUGGCAAUAGUAUCCACCUUCUAGAUUGGGUUGGUCCAGUAAUGAAGAAAGGGAAUAUUGAAGAUGUGGUUGAUAUGAGAAUAAAUGCCGAAGUUAACAAUAACUCAGCUCGUAGAAUGGGCGAGAUAGCAAUGUCAUGCACCCACCCAAAUGGUGACCAAAGGCCUGACAUUAGUGUUGUCUUGGAGGAGCUUAAGGAGUGUUUGGCAACUAAGAACAGUUUCAGAAAGUUAUGAAUUUUCUUCAGCAACUUUAUAUGAGUUAGAUGCUGGUUCUCGGUCUUAGGUAAUUGUAUUUCAUUCUUACGUUCAAAGCUAGUUGGUUGACUGUGAUUUGGAAUUUCUGGUAUUUAUAUAGCACAUGAACAUGUUUAAUGGCUUAGAAAAAUAUUUUCAGAAUUUAACAGAAAUAUUAAGCUAAGGCAUUAUUUUGUAAAAUUGUGUUCUCGUUUUCGGACCAUGAGUUCAUUGUACUUGGUUGUGAAAACAUGUAUAAAAAUACUGGAGACCGUUGAGGCUUCAUCCCUUGAA